AUGGAUUCUUCGCAGAACGAUGACAUUGACACCAAAGACUGCUGGUGGGAACGGCCAAGUGUUAUCUAUGCUGACGAUGCCGCCGGCUAUGGUAGCGACGGGUUCAGUGGACUCCCCGGCCGAACAUCGAGUUUGCCAUCGAUUUUUCCGAGCGGCAAUCAGCUGAUUCACCCCGACCAGGACGGUGCUUUUAACGGUGGUGACGGUACAACGGGGCCGGGCGGCAAUGGCGGUACGGUGACGAGCAGACGUAAUGGAGGAAGUCGCAAAAAGGUUCGCUUCCGUAAGUCUAAGCUUCGCCAACUGUACGACGUGGAUGUGUUGCCGGUGGAGUACUUGGGACCAAAGAUCGAAUAUAGUGUGAACCUUCCCCGAGUAACCGCGCAACUGGAGAAGUUGAUGGGAACGAAUGUGGUCCGGCUGACGGAUCGCAAAUAUAUGCAGGAGCUCCAGCGUCGCAUCCAGGAGGACUACAAUGUCACGCUGGAGAAGCGAAUCAGCGAGCGAGAGCACCGAGAAUGGCAGCGACAGAAGCAACUAAUCCUGGACGGCAAGUAUAGUCUCGAAAACUGUCCCCGGUCCCUGAUACCGCUGCACAGUAUCGUGCUGGCGAAGGAAAUCGAGCGCGAGCGCAACCUGAUCCUGUCCGGUGCGGGCGAUAGCAUACCGGAGGAGAUGACCAGCUCGGUGUUUCUGGUGAAUCAGAAAACGAACGUCAACAUUCUGAACAAGCGCGAAAAGUUGAAAACGAUCCGCGAGAAAAAUGCCGAACGAUUAAUCAAACAGGGUCAUCGUUGGGAGCGGGAACGGUUGCAGAUGGAAGAGCAAAGCCGGGAACGGGAAGUAGAGAGACGCACCAAACGGGAGGCACUGCUCGAGCAGGAAAAACUGUACAUGAUCGAGGAAAACGAUCGUUCGUUGAAUCUGCUGCGGAUGAAGACGAAGAAGGGUCCCUGUCGGGAUAUGAACCUUCGUUCGAUGUUGAUGAUGCAGCGCGAAGAGCUUGGCCGUACGAUCCAGAAGCGUGACUUUGACAUGAAAGACGAGCGAAGCGGAAUGGGCAUGGAGAUGGAUGGUGGAAAGGGUGAUCGACGGCGGCAACGGCGUGGGAUGAGAAAACAGCGCCAGAUGCAGCGCCAGAGCGAAGUCAACGAGUACCAGGAAUCGUCCUCACCUGAAGAGGGUUACAUCUCCAUGAAUAAUGCCGAUUCUCCCGAAGAUCUCGAAACAUCGAUCGCGAUCAAGGUGGCUAAAGGUGCCAGCAAGGAUUCGGGCGAUGAAUCCGAAGCAGAACAAGAUUCAGACCAAGCGGGCACGGAAGCAGCUUUAGAAUCGAAAAAAGACACCGAUGAGCUGGAGGACGUAACUCCGGAACAUGAGGAAGCCCUUACCGAGCUGGAACAGCAAGAAGCUACCGAAGCGGAACUGGAAGCGGCCGAAGAAGCACGGCUCCGCGAAGAGCUGGACAAAACGCUGAUGGAGAAAAAGAAGGCUCGCCAAGUGCGGAACGAAGAUCCCAAAAUAACAAAGCUCAAGGAAGCAGAUACCGUAGCAGAUAUUUAUAACGUUGCCGAUGAAAUCAUCGUGCUGGAGAAGAAGAAAACGAAGAAAGGAUUCGGCAAGUAAAGGUCCGACAAAAUAACCCGUGUUUUGGCACCAUUAAACCAC